GAAGAAGCCCUUCAGCAGUCAGCUUCUUCUACAGUCUCUGCCUGAAAGGCAUGAGUGAAGAUGGACAUAAGGACGUUUUUUAGACCAAAAGUACCGCGACAGAACCCCAGCUUUGAUGAGACUGGUGUUGACUCAGGUUUGUGAGUCUUAUUUGAAAAUAUUUGUUGUGCUGCUGGUUUGCCUAAAGUUAGCUUACUAUCAGGUAAAGUUGAUGGAGAAAGAAAGGGAAUAUUUACUAUCAUCUCACACUAAACACUAACAGGAUCAAUACUCUGCCCUGAAUAUGCUUAAUAUGUAGCUUCAGAUUAAAAAUUAUGUGGUACAAGACAAAUAUAUAUGAAGUUGACUAGUGCAUGUCACAUGUGUGUGUGUGUGUGUGUGUGUGCGUGCGUGCGUGCGUGCGUGUGUGUGUGUGUGUGUGUGUGUGUGCACGCGCAUGUGUGUGUUAAGCCCGAUCUUCUUCAGUCCUAAAUCCGCCCCUGGUUAGGACCACUGAUAACUGCUUAAUUUUAUGGCUAAAUGGUGUCUCCUAAUGAGAGCUCGAAACGUCCUGUUAUAUUUGCUUUCUCAGUUCCUUUUUUAAAAUUUAUCUCAACGUCAAGACCCUAUUGAUGUAUUUAACCCUUAAAGCCCUUACUUGCCAGUACAACCCCUGACUGCUGCUUUUUAGUGUUAUAACUGUGACUUUUGCUUAUAUAAAUGUAGGAGCUACAGACGGAAGGAGUCCAAAGGGACCUGGACCAACAGUCUCGUUCACCAAGCUGAAUUAUUGCGUUCAAGAGUCAAAGUUCUGCCGCAAAAUCGGUUCUGAGAAAUAUAUCCUCAAAGAUGUAAGCGGCAUCAUGAAACCAGGAAUGAAUGCUAUCAUGGGGGCAACAGGAAGUGGCAAAACAUCACUCCUGGAUGUAAUUGCAGGCAGAAAAAAUCCGGCUGGACUUCGUCAGGGACACGUUUUGGUGAACGGCCGACUUGUCACAUCUGACCUCAGGCUGAGUUCUGCAUAUGUGGUUCAGGAUGACAUCCUAAUGGGAACGCUAUCUGUGAGAGAGAACCUCAUGUUCAGUGCCAACCUGCGUCUCAACCCAAAGCGUUACUCCUCCUCUGAUAAAACCAGCAGAGUAGAGGCCGUCGUAGAAGACCUGGGCCUCACGGACUGUGCAGACACAAAGAUUGGUACGGAGUUUCUGCGUGGUGUGUCAGGAGGGGAGAGGAAACGGUGCAGCAUCGGGAUGGAGCUCAUCACGUCUCCGUCGUUGCUGUUUCUGGACGAGCCAACCACAGGGUUGGAUUCCAACACGGCUAACUGCAUCAUCGGCCUUCUGCACAAGCUGUCCAGAAGGGGGAAGACUGUGAUCUUCUCUAUUCACCAGCCACGCUACUCCAUCUUUAAAUUGUUUGACCACCUGACACUGAUGCAUAAAGGAGAGAUUGUGUAUGCGGGAGCAGCGGACCACGCUCUGGAGUACUUCACAGACCUCGGAUAUCAAAUUGAGGCUUUCAACAACCCUGCUGACUUUUUUAUGGACAUCACAAAUGGAGACGCAGCGUCAACACAGGAAACAAUGACUGCAGUGGAGAGUAAAACCUCUUUAAUGCUGAAGUAUCACCAGUCCCAUCUGUACCAGAAUGUGAUGGAGGAGCUGGAACAUAUAGAUCAGAGCAUCACUGGGGAGGCAAACGGUGAUGAGACGGCCCAGUAUGCCACCUCCUUCCUCUUUCAGAUGCGUGUGGUGUGUGGCAGGACGGUGAAGAACAUCUUAAGGAACCCUCAAACCUCUUACGCUCAGCUGGCUCUCAACAUCUUUUUUUCGCUUCUGGUGGGACUCAUUUACUACCAGAUGCCUUUGACUCUGCCUGAGGCUUUACAGAACAGGAGUGGAGCGUUUUUCUUCCUCAUCAUCAACAUGGUGUUUGGGAAUCUCUCUGCAGUUGAGCUGUUUAUCAAUGAAAGGGUGAUCUUCAUUCAUGAGAACUCCAGUGGUUACUACCGCACAUCUGUCUACUUCCUGUCCAAGGUCUUGGCUGACAUCAUCCCCAACCGCAUAAUCCCUAUCUCUGUGUUCUCAGCCAUCGCAUACUAUAUGAUGGGGUUGAAGCCGGCCUUUGAGGCCUUCCUGUGCUUUAUUCUGACCAUGUCUUUGGUCAGUCUAGCUGGGUGUGGGCUUGCCUUCCUCGUCUCGGCGAGUGUUUCUACGUUUGCGAUGGCCAACAUCCUCAUCGCUUUACCCUUUGUCUUCAUGAUGGUCUUCGGUGGCUUCCUCGUCAAUCUCAACGCCAUGCUGAGCUGGCUCUCCUGGCUGAAAUGGAUCAGCAUUUUCAGAUACGGACUGAAUGCUCUUUACGUCACUGAGAUGAAGGGACAGUUGUUCUACAGUAACGCCACCAUUCUCCCAGGGGAGGUUUUUCUGAAGAGCAUGGACAUUGACUACUCUGCGUGGGGCUUUUGGCAGAACCAGGUCGCUCUGCUGGGAAUUAUUGUCGUCUGCAUGGUGCUGGCCUACGUGCAGCUGCUACGAAUUAACCGCUGGAAGUGAUUCCUACCCAUCUGUUCAUGCAACUGUCAUUGAGAAUUUUGUAUUGUGUUCACUUAAGAUGCAGCUUUAAUAUUUUAGAUGCUUCAACCAAAAAGAUUCAUUAUUUUGUGCACGUGGAGCCUCAUGCACAUGAAACACACGUGGCGUAACAUUUGACUCUGCUAAGCUCACGCACAGCUCACUUGGCCUGUGCACGAGGGGGGUGUCUAACAAGAGGCACGUCGUCGUCUAAGUCUUCACAAAUCCACUUAGAGGGAGUGAGCUAAUAUUAGCUUCAAUAAAGACAACAAGGAGUUAAUCCACAUUUUUGUCAGUAAAUCAAAUGUUUCUCUUUUUAUUUCAAUGAAAAUAAGUGCUUUCUAUAUAGCCUAAAGAUUGGUAAAAUCAGAAUUAAUAUUUAUAUUAUUUAAGUAAAUUAUAAAAAUGGGCCAGAUAAUAAACAUUUAAAGCCGCCUUUCUUCUAAUAUGUAACAUUUAUUAAAGAUUUUGAAGCUUAAAGCUGACCUUUUCAGUUGUAACACAUUUAGUAGAGUUGCCUUUCCAAGCAUCUUAAAGAUGCUUCCCAGCUUCACCUUGU